GGGCCCUGCGCGGCAUCCGUCCUGUUAAGAUGGCGGUGCCCGGGGUCCGGUGCGGUGGCCGUACAGAGAGCCACCGCCCUGGGCGGGUUGGAGCCGCCUCGUUCGGAAGAACCGCCCCCAGCGGCUGCACCACACAAGCCUAACAGACGAGCCCAGGCCCCGCCCGGGACGGCAGCCGCGCCAUGGACGUUCCUAGCUCCUCCAGUUCCCGCUUCUCGGUCGGCUCUGCCAGCCUCGGCACGGUGCUCUACGCGAAAGAGCUCAAAAAGUGGGGUGAGUUUGAGGACGUCCUAGAGGAGAGGAGGCGCGCCAGUGAUGUGAAGUUUGCCAUGAAGGGCUACGCCCCGCCCUUGUACCGGGGGCUCGCUCCCUGCAAGCCAGCAGACAUCAAGUCCCUUGUUCUCAACUCUGAGGAGAUUCACUAUGUCAUUAAGCAGCUUUCCAUCGAGUCCCUUAAACCUGUCGAUGCCCUCCGAGAGGAAGCCAGUGAGAUCCUGGAGGAAAUGAGUCACAAGAUGCGCAUGGGAGCCGUUCGGUUCUUUGCCUUUGUUCUCAGCAAAAUUUUUAAACAGAUUUUCUCCAAGGUGUGUGUGAACGAGGAAGGCAUUCAAAAGCUACAACGAGCUGUUCAGGAGCACCCCGUAAUCCUGCUGCCCAGUCACCGCAGCUACAUUGACUUCCUCAUGCUCUCCUUCGUCCUGUACAACUACGACCUGCCCGUGCCGGUGAUUGCAGCAGGAAUGGACUUCCUGGGAAUGAGGCUAGUGGGCGAGCUGCUCAGGAUGUCGGGGGCCUUCUUCAUGCGCCGCACCUUUGGAGGGAAUAAGCUCUACUGGGCUGUGUUCUCUGAAUAUGUGAAGACCAUGCUGCGGAAUGGUUAUGCUCCUGUUGAAUUUUUCCUCGAAGGGACAAGGAGCCGCUCUGCCAAGACCUUGACUCCUAAAUUUGGCCUCCUGAAUAUUGUGAUGGAACCAUUUUUUAAAAGAGAAGUUUUUGAUACCUACUUUGUCCCAAUUAGCAUCAGUUACGAUAAAAUACUGGAAGAAUCUCUGUAUGCCUACGAGCUCCUAGGAAUCCCUAAGCCGAAGGAGUCCACCACUGCCUUGUUGAAAGCUAGACGGAUUCUCUCUGAGAACUUUGGAAGCAUCCACGUGUACUUUGGAGACCCUGUAUCGCUGCGCUCUCUAGCUGCAGGGCGGCUCAGUCGGAACCCGUAUAACUUGAUGCCAAGAUGCAUCCCUCAGAAGCAGCCAGAGGAUGUCUACACCUUUGUCACUGAGGUGGCCUACAGGAUGCAGCUUCUGCAGAUUGAGAACUUGGUCCUGAGCCCAUGGCUUCUGAUGGUCGCCAUCCUGCUUCAGAACCAGUUAUCCAUGGACCUCGAUGCCCUGCUGGAGAAGACUCUGUGGCUGAAGGGCCUGACGCAGGUGUUUGGCGGCUUCCUGCUUUGGCCAGACAACCAGCUUCCUGAGGAAGUGGUCCAGUCCAGCAUCGCUCUGCACUCCAACCUGGCCAGCCUUGUCAAAGAUCGGGUGGUUCUGAAAGUGGACCAUGGAGGCUCAGAAACGGUCAACGGCGUCAUGCUGCAGCACAUCACCCUCCUCAUGUGCUCGGCCUACAGGAACCAGCUGCUCAAUGUCUUUGUCCGCCCUUCCUUAGUAGCUGUAGCUUUGCACAUGACACCUGAGCUCAGGAAAGAGGAUGUCUUCAGUUGCUUUUCCUUCCUACACGACGUGUUUUCAGAUGAGUUCAUCUUCCUUCCAGGAAACACACUCAGGGACUUCGAGGAAGGCUGUCAGUUGCUGUGUAAAACUGAGGCCAUGCAGAUGACCGGGAAGGACAUCAUCACAGACAGAGAGGACGCAGUGUUACAGUUUCUCACAGGACUCUUUAGACCUUUCGUGGAAUCGUACCAGAUACUUUGCAAAUACCUCUUGGAUGAAGAAGAGGACUGCUUCACUGAGAGACAGUACUUGGUAGGAGCUAGGACGUUCACCAGUCAGCUUCUGGAUCGAGGUGCCUCUCAGUGUUAUGACACGCUGUCUUCUGAGCUGCAAAAAAAUGCCUUAGCAGCUUUUGUGAGACUCGGAGUGGCAGAAAAGAAGAAGGUGUAAGUACCAGGUGCUGAUGGGUCAGAUGAGGAGGGCUGAGGCACGUGGCACUCAGGAAGGGCA